AUGGUGCUCCGCGACCCCGAUGCAAUGGGCGUCCAGUCCGACGCAGACGACGACUUCGAAUUAUCCGAGAGUCCUCCCUCCUACGCCGCUCACUGGUCCCAAUCCCGUCCUCUCAUAUACUCUGCUAGAAAUGCACGGCAAUCGCGACCUGGCGGCAGCUACAACGCCGCAUCCAGAUCAUUGGACGAUACGAAGCCCCCGCGAUGGAUUGAAAUGACCCGCUCAGUGGUUUCUGCGCCACGGUUCCGGCGCUACGUGCUUAUAUACCUUGGCUUGUUCUUGGUGGGCUGGGUUAGCUGGCGGAUGCUGCUUUAUCCACGACUCCAAGAGCGAAGCUCAUUACUGCAUUCACUUGAUCCAAGCACGAAGACUGAGGCCGGUGGGUGGUUCGGGUCGAAUGCCAUGCCUCAGUUCGACGACAUAGUUCACAUUCGCACAUUGGAUCCGGAGCUUGUGCCCUCGGGCUCAGCUGAAGUAGAGGCAGACUCGUCAAGUCGGAAACGGUUAAUCUUUGUGGGCGAUGUACAUGGCUGCAAAGCGGAGUUGGAAGAACUCCUCGAAAAAGUCUCCUUCAAACCCAACAGUGGCGAUCACCUCAUACUCACUGGUGACCUCAUCAACAAGGGACCGGAUAGUACAGGAGUUGUAGACUUAGCUCGUGGGUACUCGGCCUCUUGUGUGCGCGGAAACCACGAGGAUCGGAUCUUGCUUGUUCGACAGGAGCUGGUGAAGACCAACGCUCUUGCAACCCCCGAGGACGACGAAGAGUCAUAUCUAUCAUCUCGGGAGACCCGGGAGCGUGCACUUGCACGUUCGUUGAGUGACGAGCAAGCCAAAUGGCUGAGCAGCUGUCCAGUUAUUUUGGACGUUGGCCCCGUGCCAGGUAUUGGACAGGUGGUUGUCGUCCAUGCGGGAUUGGUACCGGGCGUCGAGCUUGAGAAACAAGAUCCAUCUAGUGUGAUGACCAUGCGUACCAUUGAUUUGGAUACGCAUGUGCCUAGCCCGAAGAAGAAAGGCAUGAACUGGGCGAAGAUGUUUGAUAAGCAUCAAUCUUUGUUAUACUCGAAUCUCGAGUCCUCAAUUGAAGACCGUCUCUCGGGCACCAUGACUGUCGUCUAUGGCCAUGAUGCGUCUUCUUCCCUUUCUAUCCGCACUUUUACCAAGGGUCUAGACUCUGGGUGUGUGAAGGGUGGCAAGCUGACAGCGUUGGUCGUUGAGGAUGGCGGGAAACAAAACAUUGUAAAGGUAAAGUGUAAGGAUUACCUCAAGGAAAAAUAG